UAAAUGUAGCGAUCGCGAGAUGCGGUUGAGAAAAUCACGUUUUCGACAGCAACUACACAGUUUGUUGCGAUACUGGCAAAUGCUUACUUUUCACCUGCGGUGCAGUCGGGCUGUGCGCUAGAUCCGUAUGAAUAGCACUACGUGUAGGAAGGCUGGGAUGUGUCCUCAGAUGUACAAGUGUAAUCCCACAUGGCAUCACAGUGCAACAAAGGUUGUUUGUGCUCCUCUAUUUACCAGCUGGCCCUCACCAAAUGAGCUGGCUGAGGUGCAGACCAACUUCUACAACCUGGGUGGCUUCCCCUGCGUGGUGGGCGCAAUAGACGGCACGCACAUAAGGAUCCAGGCACCCGAGGAGGCGCAUGUCAACCGGCACUUCUACCAUUCUAUCAACGUUCAGCUUGUUGUCGACGCCAACGGCCUGAUCCUUGACGUUGUCGCAAAAUGGUCAGGUGGAACCCACAGCACACGGAUGCUCACCGGUAGCAGCCUCGCCAUAUGCUUCGACAGGGGCAUGCACUCUGGCCUUUUGUUGGGGUAUAGUGAAUACCAAUGUAGGCCAUGGCUAAUGACUCCAUUCCAGACACCAGACACUCGAGGGAGGAGGUGCUAUAAUGCAGCGCAUGGCACAACAAGGGCAGUGUUCGAAAGGUAUAUAGGGCAGCUGAAGCGGCGAUUUCACUGCCUGCACGCAGAGCUGCGCAUGGCUCCAGACCAGUGCCCAGCCAUCAUUGAUGCAUACUGCACAAUGUGGCAAAACAUUACGCAUGCCGCAGUUCUGAAGCAUGCCAGCUGCCUCCAGAGGUUGGGGCUGUGUCAAACUAUGGAACCGAGGAUGGCAAUGCCAUCCGCUGUGCCCUGGUACAACAGCAUUUCUCUCACUCAGUGCGCCAAGGCCACGCAAGUCAUGGCGAACAUCAAAGAACCAGAAGAUUCCAUCUGA